AUGGCGGAGACCGGUUAAUGUAGUACUCACGGCUGAAAUGCUGCCCGUCUUCUCCGUUCGGUCUGUUUUCGGAAUACACUGAGGUACAACCAUUUUAGUCGUCGACAUUUUGCAUUUGACUAUACGCGUACGGUUUCGCUCAGAGCUGGAGUGUUUGGUGCUGCGUUCAUUUUCUCUCAGUGGGAGUUGUUAGCUUAGCCACGGUUAGCUGCUAACGCUAGCCGGGAGAGGAAAACAAGAGAAAGGAGCGAGUCUGGUUCUGAGCUGCUCUCUGAGGGCAGGGGUUGAUCAACAAUCACUGCAGACGUGUUAACAAAAAGCACUUGUUUCACACUGUUCUGAUUUCUCCUUAAUGUUUGGCUAGUCCCUAAGGCGACCUUCCCUGUUCAGGGCUGGAGGUCCCAAAAAUUUAAGGAGCUGGCGUGGCCCAGCUGCGAACUUUCUUCUUUUGAAGACCCAAAUAUUUAAGCCACAGACAUGGAUGGCCGCAGUGAAGAUGAAAGUGUGAGCAACAGCAGUGGAGAGUCCAGUAACUCUGAUGAUGAGUCUGGAUCGGGUUCUGCAUCUGGCUCCAGCUCAAGCAGCAGCAGCUCCAGCAGCAGUCAGUCAGGGAGCAGCUCAGGAAGUGGCUCCGACUCGGGCAGCCAGUCCGAUUCUGACUCUGAGAAAUCCAAGAGAAAGAAUGUUCAGAAUAAUGCUUCCAAGAUUGAUUCUGAAUUUUGGAAGUCUAACCCAAGUAUCCUGGCAGUGCAGAGGUCAGCCAUGCUCAGGAAACAGCAGCUGCAGCAACAGCAACAGCAUCACCACCACCACCACCAACAACAAAGCUCUUCAAACAGUGACUCAGAUGAGGCGUCCUCAAGCAGUGAUGACUCUGGCGAUGACUCCUCAGGAAAACGAAAAAGCAAAAGGUCUGGAUCUGACUCGGAUUCAGGUUCUGGGUCUAGCUCAGGGAGUGACUCGUCUGAUUCUUCAGCCGAGGAAGAGACGAGACACAGUGAAGAGUCGGUUUCAGACUAUGAGCCCUCCCACAAAGUCAAAAGCCGGAAGCCGCCUACCAAGGCAAAUGCCAGAAAUGGGAAAAAGGUUUCAAAAAAGAAGCCGGCAGAAUCUUCAUCUAAUGAUGACGAUGACUAUAAAAAGUCUCUGGCUGGUCCACGAAGGCAGGCCACAGUCAACAUUAGCUACAAAGAGGAUGAAGAGUUAAAAACAGACUCGGACGAUCUGGUGGAGGUUUGUGGAGAGGACGUACCACCACCUGAAGAGGAUGAGUUUGAGACUCUGGAAAAAGUGAUGGGCAUAAGAAUAGGACGAAAAGGAGCCACUGGGGCCACUACCACAGUCUAUGCUGUAGAAGCCGACGGAGAUCCCAAUGCCAACUUUAUCCCGAACAAGCAGCCUGGAGACGUGCAGUACCUGAUAAAAUGGAAAGGCUGGUCACACAUUCAUAACACAUGGGAGACAGAGGAGACCCUAAAGCUGCAGAAUGUGAAGGGCAUGAAGAAGCUGGACAAUUUUAAAAAGAAGGAGCAGGACAAGAGAAAGUGGCUUAAAGCAGCUUCACCUGAGGAUGUGGAGUACUUUAACUGCCAACAGGAACUACUGGAUGAUCUGCAUUCACAGUAUCAGAUUGUAGAGAGAGUUAUUGCGCAUUCAAAUCAGAAGUCAGCAGCUGGCUUCCCAGACUACUUAUGCAAAUGGCAAGGGCUUCCAUACUUCGAAUGCAGCUGGGAAGAUGGAGCGCUUAUUGGUAGAAAGUUUCAAAAGUGCAUCGAUGAUUACAUUAGCCGAAACCAGUCCAAAAUGAUCCCUUUCAGAGACUGCAAGGUUUUAAAGCAGAGGCCACGGUUUAUGCCCAUGAAGAAACAGCCUCAUUAUAUUGGUGCAGAAGGACUUGAGCUACGGGACUAUCAGCUGGACAGCUUAAACUGGAUGGCCCAUUCUUGGUGCAAGGGGAACAGCUGUAUUUUAGCAGAUGAAAUGGGCCUGGGAAAGACUAUUCAGACCAUCUCCUUUUUAAGCUACCUGUUUCAUGAGCACCAGCUCUAUGGACCUUUCCUACUGGUGGUGCCUUUGUCCACCCUCACCUCCUGGCAAAGGGAAAUUCAGCUCUGGGCCCCACAGAUGAACGUAGUGGUCUAUCUGGGUGACAUCAGCAGCAGGAACAUGAUUAGAACACAUGAAUGGAUGCAUGCUCACAACAAGCGGCUGAAGUGUAACAUUCUUCUUACUACAUAUGAAAUUCUUCUCAAAGACAAGUCAUUUCUAGGGAACGUCAGCUGGGCUUUUAUUGGUGUGGAUGAGGCCCACAGACUGAAAAAUGAUGAUUCACUUUUGUACAAGACCAUGAUUGAUUUCAAGUCCAACCACCGGCUUCUUAUCACAGGAACACCCCUACAGAAUUCUCUUAAGGAGCUUUGGUCUCUUCUCCACUUCAUCAUGCCAGAAAAGUUUUACUCAUGGGAGCGGUUUGAGGAUGAGCAUGGUACAGGCAGGGAUUCAGGCUACACCAGCUUGCACAAGGAGCUGGAACCUUUCCUGUUGCGCAGGGUUAAGAAGGAUGUGGAGAAGUCACUGCCUGCCAAGGUUGAGCAGAUUCUCAGGGUCGAAAUGAGUGCCAUUCAGAAACAAUACUACAAGUGGAUCUUGACAAGGAACUACAAGGCCCUUAGUAAAGGCACAAAAGGGAGCACUUCUGGUUUCCUCAACAUCAUGAUGGAGCUAAAGAAAUGCUGUAAUCAUUGCUACCUCAUCAAACCGCCCGAUGACAACGAAUUCUACAGUAAAGUUGAGGCCUUGCAGCAUCUGAUCCGGAGUAGUGGGAAGCUUGUCCUUCUGGAUAAGCUGCUGGUGCGACUAAAGGAGCGUGGACAUCGUGUGCUGAUCUUUUCCCAGAUGGUUAGGAUGCUGGACAUCUUGGCUGAGUAUCUGAAGAGUCGCCAGUUUUUAUUUCAGAGGUUGGAUGGUUCCAUUAAGGGUGAGAUGAGGAAGCAGGCACUAGAUCAUUUCAAUGCAGAAGGAUCAGAGGAUUUCUGUUUUCUGUUGUCCACGCGAGCGGGUGGCCUGGGUAUUAACUUGGCCUCUGCAGAUACCGUAGUCAUAUUUGACUCUGACUGGAACCCCCAAAAUGACCUGCAGGCUCAGGCCAGAGCACAUAGGAUUGGACAAAAGAGACAGGUAAAUAUCUAUCGUCUGGUGACCAAGGGAUCUGUGGAGGAGGAUAUCAUUGAGAGAGCUAAGAAGAAGAUGGUGCUGGACCACCUUGUGAUUCAGAGGAUGGACACUACAGGAAAGACUGUCCUCAAUACUGGUUCUGCACCAUCCAGCAGUUCCACCCCUUUCAACAAAGAGGAGCUGUCUGCAAUUUUAAAGUUUGGUGCUGAAGAACUCUUCAAAGAGCCAGAGGGAGAAGAGCAAGAGCCUCAGGAAAUGGAUAUUGAUGAGAUUUUAAAAAGAGCAGAGACGAGAGAAAAUGACCCUGGCCCAGCUACUGUAGGAGAAGAGCUUCUCUCUCAGUUCAAGGUGGCAAAUUUCUCCAUGAUGGAGGAGGAGGACAUGGAUGCAAAUGGCAACCGAAAAAACUGGGACGAUAUUAUUCCAGAAGAGCAACGCCGAAAACUGGAAGAAGAGGAGAGGCAAAAAGAACUGGCAGAAAUCUACAUGCUGCCCCGCAUGAGAAAUUGUGCCAAACAGAUAAGCUUUAACGGUAACGAGGGCAGACGCAGUCGCAACAGAAGAUACUCCGUCUCUGACAGCGACUCUGCCUCUGACCGAAAACGGCCCAAGAAACGAGGCAGACCCCGGACUAUUCCUCGAGAGAAUAUUAAGGGCUUUAGUGAUGCUGAAAUACGAAGAUUUAUCAAAAGCUACAAAAAAUUUGGUGGUCCUUUGGAAAGGCUGGAUGCUAUUGCACGUGAUGCUGAACUGGUUGAUAAAUCGGAGCAUGAUCUGAGGCGGCUUGCUGAAACUGUUCAUAAUGGUUGUAUAAGAACCCUGAAGGAAAACCCAUGUGGACCAGAGAAAACCUCAGGAGGCAGAAAAGGAAAGGUAAAAGGACCGACUUUCAGGAUCUCAGGGGUUCAAGUCAAUGCUAAGUUAGUAAUCUCACAUGAGGAGGAACUGGCACCAUUGCACAAAGCAAUUCCUGCUGACCCAGAGGAGAGAAAGAGGUAUAUGCUUCCUUGCCAUGCAAAGGCAGCUCAUUUUGACAUUGACUGGGGAAAAGAGGAUGACUCCAGCCUGCUUGUUGGAAUUUAUGAGUAUGGCUAUGGAAGCUGGGAAAUGAUUAAAAUGGACCCUGAUCUUAAUCUGACCCAUAAGCUUUUACCAGACGAUCCUGAUAAAAAGCCACAGGCAAAGCAGCUCCAGACUCGAGCUGACUACCUCAUUAAAUUACUAAGCAAGGACCUUGCCAAGAAGGAGGCCCAGAGGCAGACUGGCACAGCAAAUUCAAGAAAGAGGAAGCCACGUGGAAAGAAGAACAAAACUGUAAAACCAAAAGUAGAGGAAGUGGUCAACAGUCUUUCCUCUGCUCCUCCAUCUGAUAAGAGUUCUGAAGAUGAAGAUGAUGAAAAGGAAGAGGAAAAGGAAUCAGCACCUGCCAAGCCACCACCAAACAGAAGGGGAAAAGCCUCUGAUCUAGUGGUAAAAAAGGAGGAGGAGGAGGAGGAGGAAGAUGAUGAUGAUGAAGACGAAGAGGAGGAGGAAGAGAAGAAACCGGAGCUAGAAUCCACAGUCAAAUACACAGAGGAGGAGACAAAAGAAAAAGAGAUUAAGAAAGAGAUCAAAAAGGAAAAGAAAGAAGAAAGUCGAGAGAGCAAAGAGAAAAAGGAACCCAAAGAGAAAAAAGAGGGCAAAGCUGUGGAGCACAAAGUAGAAGAUUCUCCCACAGAAAAGGUUCCAGAAAUUAAAGUUGAAGUUCGGGAAAAGAACAAAAAGCCUGACACUCCAGUCCAUGUUACUGCUGGUGGAGAAAACAUUCCGGAGGAAUCGGAGGAGCUUGAUCAGAAGACCUUCAGUGUGUGUAAGGAGCGCAUGCGACCUGUGAAGGCAGCCUUGAAACAGCUGGAUCGUCCUGAGAAAGGUCUUUCAGAGCGUGAACAGCUGGAGCACACUCGCCAGUGCCUGAUCAAAAUCGGAGACCAUAUCACAGACUGUCUAAAAGAGUACACUAACCCCGAACUGAUCAAACAGUGGAGAAGAAAUCUUUGGAUAUUUGUUUCCAAGUUUACAGAGUUUGAUGCCAGAAAAUUGCACAAACUGUAUAAGCAUGCAAUCAAAAAAAGACAAGAGACCGCUCAGACAGCGGACCAAAACACUAGCACUGUAAAUACACAAGCCCUCAAACAAACAGACAUAGAAAGAUUAAAGGACAUACAACAGGAUGAAAGCAGUAGAGACAGUUACAGUUCAGACCGACACCAUUCAAGCUCUCGCAGCCAUGAGCAAAACAAGGAGCGCCACCCUAGUGACUCCUACAGAAAAGGCUCAGACUCCAGAAAGAGACCUUACUCCUCAUUUAGCAAUGGCAAAGACCACAGAGACCACUACAGAGAUCGCCAGGACAGCAGAUACUACAGCGACAGCAAGCAUAGGAAGCUAGAUGAUCACCGGUCCAGUCGAGACGGUUGGUCAGACAGCAACAAUAAGGAACGUCUUCACUCGGAUCACCGCUCCAGCUCGGACUACCACAAAUCUCGGGACUAUCGCUACCACUCAGACUGGCAAAUGGAGCAAAGAGGUUCAAACAGUGGACCACGUUCCCCUCGAGACCAACGGUCGCCUUAUGACUCGCGUUCUCCCAUGGGCCGCCGCUCACCCUUCGAGUACUCUGAGCACAAGAGCACACCCGAGCAAGUCUGGAGCGGUCGCAACACAUAGCAAGCGUUCACUCAGUCACAGACACAUAAACACAUGCAGGCCAUGCCUUAAGGGACUGUCGACCGCAGUACUGCGCACCUGAGCCUUUCUUCUGGGCCACGUGCACUCUUUAUUUUUUUUUCCCAGGAUGCAUACUGGAGAAUGAACACAAAUGACAUAUUUUUGUAUUUAAGAGUCUCGCUGCGCCACUUUCUAGGUGUGGCAGUGUAAGCUUUUGUUUUUUAAUUAUUUUUAUACAAUGACUUUUUUUUUUUUUUUUUUUUUUACUUGGAUAUAGUCAUGUGAGCUUUUGUUUUCCUGCCACCUGCAACACUGGAUCCUGGCAUUGAUGUACCACAGCCUUUAUGUGCUGCAGCUCUUGACUUAUUUAAGACAGAAGUAUUUGAACAGAAAGAAACUUGCAUCAUAUACUGCCUCCAUUAUUAGGCUCCAUUUAAGGGUCUGUUGUCUGAACAGUUUGAAGGACUUGGGUUCACCUUCCAAAGUACCUCGUUUACAACGUUUUUCAUGUGACUACCCUGCCGACGUCUUUGUUUUGUUUUUUUCAUCAUGCUUGAAAUAUUUAAUUCUCAGCUGUAAAAUAAUCUGUUUUGCAAGCAUCCAAAAUGUCCUUUUCACAAAUUGUACUACUGUAAAUUAUUGUAUAAAGGUAAAUUGAAUGGGCUUUUUCUUCUCAGGCUUUUCUUUGAACUAGACGUUCCCUUCCCCCAUCAACUCAGGCUUUUUUGUCAGUUGUGUUGACUUAACAUUUGUUUGUCUAUAGGACAGUUGAUCCUAAUAAUGGUAUUUACAGUGUAAUGUGUGUAAUAAGGGAGACCAUGUCCUUUUGUGUAUCCAUGUGAAGGGACUCUAGUCCUUUUUCCACUUAUUUCAGUUAAGCAAAAAAGCCUCGCUGCAAUAGCAACAUGUCAGAGAACAGUGUGAGGGGUUGGGCAUAGCUAGAGGCACUUAUGUGAACUUGAAUUAGGAUUGUUUUCCCCAAUGAAAUUCCAUCUUUGUAUCCUUUUCUUUGGCUGUUGGUUUUGGGUUUUUUUGUAAUAAAUGUAGGCAAUAAUGUUAAAUCUUCUAUGCAGCCCAAGUGUAUUUCUGGUGAACGGCCCAAUCAAGUCAAAAUGCUGUUACAGUACACACUGUAUAUAGAUUUGCUCUAUAUUUCAAAUCAAAUUUACACUGAAAAUGCAUGGAAUUUUAAAAGUAAUUGUUUUAUAUAACUGUUUAUAAUUCAUUAAACUUAAAUCACUGUUUUCACCUGGUAAA